CAAAGCCGUGGUUUCCAACUCAGUAAGAUCUGCUGCUCUUUCUCUCUCUUCCUCGUCUGCACUAGCCGUGGAUCCCUUGGACAUCGUCUUCGGCUUACGAAAAAGCUGCAGAAAUAGAAGUAUUUCUUGAUAUUCAGCUAAAUUGAGGAUUUUUCUGUAAUAUGACUAUCGCUCCGACUUGGCAGAAGAAGAGAUGGCAAAUCGACUAAAGGAAGAUGAGAAAAAUGAGCGAAUAAUUCGAGGUCUUCUCAAACUACCAGCGAAUCGCAGAUGUAUUAAUUGCAACAGUCUGGGGCCGCAAUAUGUAUGCACAAAUUUCUGGACAUUUGUUUGCACAAGCUGUAGUGGAAUACACCGGGAAUUUACGCAUCGAGUAAAGUCAAUAUCAAUGGCCAAGUUCACUUCGCAAGAAGUUAGUGCACUUCAGGAAGGAGGGAAUCAGCAUGCAAAAGAAGUUUAUUUUAAACAAUGGGAUCCUAAAAGUUAUUCUCUCCCUGAUAACAGUAAUGUUGGCAGGCUCCGCAACUUUAUUAAACAAGUUUAUGUGGAUAAAAGAUUCACUGUUGAGAGGACCUAUGACAAAUCACAGAGAGUAAAUACAGGUGACAAGGAUCAUUUCUCUGAAAACUCGAGAGUUCAAUCAUAUCAGGGUGGUCCUAAAAGCCCACCAUAUGAUGACACAUAUAAACACCAAUAUAGUGACAGCUCUAGUCUAGGUGGAAGAAGUCCUGGGCAUGAUCAAGAAAGUAGGGAGUAUAGUAAUGAUAAGAGAAGUCUUAGUCAUCCUCCAAUUAUCAACGAUUGGCGCCAAGAAGAUAGAGUUGGAGAUGAGAGGAGGUUUGAAGGUCGUAGAGGAUCUGAUGGAGAUUAUAAGCUGGAAGGCCAAUUGCCUGGGCAAGCCAACAAGCUAGAUUCUUCAAGUCCACCUGUGGUUCGGUCUGUCAGAGAUAUUUUGGGAGAAAAUGCAGUUCCUCUUGAAAUAAAUGGAACCCCUGAAACAAAUAGUGGAAAAGCUAAUGAUGGCUCAGCUCUCACACAGAGGACUGUAUCUUCCAGUAGCUUCGCAUCCAGCAUUGGAAACCCUGCAGAAGUUAAGCUUGAGACUACUAAGAGCCUGAUUGAUUUUGAUGAUGAGCCUGAGCCUCGGGUAGAUCCAGCAAUUACUUACAUCCAACAAACUACCACACAAUCCAUUGCAGAGCAACCAAAUUCCAGAGAUGACAAUAAUUGGGCCUCUUUUGAUGUGACCCCACAAGCAAAAGCAACUCAAACUCCUUCAAAUGUAAAUGCACUGGAAUCCAUGCUUUCCCAAUUGUCAGUAUCAUCAUCAUUACCAGCUCAUGCUCCUCAAGUCCAACAUGGUUCCAGUGUUGUAACACCUGUUCCUGGGAGGAGUAUGACAUUACAAAGAACUGGGAACCUAUCUGUUUCACCUGCUGGGCCUGCACCAGCACCAUCUCUUACUGCUACUGCCGUUGGAGCUGCAACUAUUAGCAGCUUUGCGACUUUUCCAUCCGGUGGUUCUUCAGCAUUGCAGCAUCCACAGCCUUUGUUCCCUCCCAAUGUUGGUCAGUCUUUGACUCAUCAGUCUACACCACAACCAAUAGGAGAAUCGAAUAAUCAGCCAUGGAGUAUGCCUCCAGCUCCAACAAUACAUGGCCAUCCGAGCAUGUCACUGCCACAUGUAUCCCAUCUUAUCUCUAAGCCUGCUACUGAGACUAGCUCCAGUGCUGCUCCAGGACUGUCUGUUGAAGUAAAACAAGUGGAAGAAAAGAACUUCCUGAGGAUCUUUUUACUGUAAAGUAUUAUUGCUUCCCUGCUGCAGUUCCAGGGUGGUAUAUGGUCCCACCUCAUGGCAUGGAAUCUCAAUGCCAUAUAAUACUGUGCCCAUGCCAAGUCUUCAGCGACCAUCAAAAUCAACAAACCCAUUUGAAAUUGGCAGUGAACCACUUCCGGUUCAAACAACU